AUGAUUAGUGUAAGGCUGAUACAAAUGUGGUGGAGGAAAUGCAAAAUGAGACACAGUCAGACUCCAGAUAUACAAGAUCCAUCAUUUGAUGUUGGCCGAAGUAAAUACAGAAAUGUGAAUGAAGAUCAUGUACGCCCGAGGCAAAAACAAACAUCAGCGAAAUUUCCCAGUACAAAAACAGAUUUUAACUACCUCUGCGACUUAGUGGAGCAAUGGAAAAGAAAGGAAAUUAAGAGAAUUUCUCUCUUAAAAUUAGAAUCUUCGAAAAGAGCAGAAUUCUGUGCUCUGCUUGAACUGGAGAUUAAACUUCUUCUUAUUAUUGAAGAAUACAGAAACAAAAUUAAAAGAGAAAAGGAAGAAAGAAAAAAUAUCCAGUUAAUACAAAAGCAUGCGUCACCAAAGUCACAAAGUGAUUCUUAUAAAUUCAAAACUAAUAUUAGCAGCACAGAAAGUCAGUGGGCACAAGUACUGAAAGAAAUAUAUAUUUCACUUUGCCAGCCUGAUAUCUGGAGUCAGCUCAAUGCUAUUCGACAUCUUCAAGAUACGAUUUCAUCUUUUAAUUCAAAGCACAUACGAAAUAUUUUGUGCUUACUUCAACGAGAAAAUGCUCUCUUCAACAUGGGAGUAAGAGAAGAGCAAACGAUCCUUCUGCGUGAGAGAGCUAAAAUGCUAUUCAUGGAAUUUAUAAAAACAUUCAAAUGGAACCAAUCUGUGCCAACGACAUAAACAAUCCUAUAUUUCAUAUUAUUUAUUCAUUGUCUUAUUUUUUUCUUUCCAAAUACAUACCGAGAAUUGCAAAUAAAUUGCGAGAAUUAAUUUGUUUCAAUUUAUAGUAUUUAAUUGUCAGCAUGAUUGUGAGCAAGUUUGUAUUAGCUCAAAUCUCCAGCAGUGGCGUGGUGUGAGGGGAGACUAGGCACUGCCGACCCAAGGAAAAUACUUAUACC